GCAGAAAUGCAGGAAGACGAAUUGGAACGGAAAGCUGUAGAAGAGCUUCUCAAAGAAGCAAAACGUGGCAAGAUCCGAGCUGAAACUAUGGGACCAAUGGGCUGGAUGAAAUGCCCUCUUGCCCCCACCAAUAAACGCUUUUUGAUUAACACGAUCAAGAAUACAUUACCAGCAAAGAGGGAAAAAGACCCCAGUACCAAGACUGAGCAGAAGGAAUCUGAGGAUCGUGGCAAUGAGAAAGGACAUUCAAGGAAGCAUAGGACACAUCCUUAUAAAAACAGUACCCACUCCCGGAAGGAGAAGAGCCACUCUCCGCCUCAUAGCAAGCACAACAAGGAAAAGUGAUACAAGGACAGGACCAAGAUGAGAGAGUGCAGGGGACUACAUGCAAUAGGCGUAAACUGUUAUUUAUUAGAAUACGAUACAAUGCUGUUGUCUAUGAGAAUAACAUUUAUGGGUAGGGUCAUACUUCUGCCAAGAAAUUUGGCUAUGACUGUUGCUUCCAAGUAAUUAUUUUACUGCCAGGAUUCCCCUUGAUCAAUGCACUUUCUACGUGUUGAGGAUACCUGGCAUUGAAAUGAGAGGAACCUUGGACUGUAAGGUUUCAUUUACACAUCUGCUUUUAACCUUGUUUUGUGGGAUCUGAUCUGAGCAAAAUGUUAUGGCCACCAAAUUCUGUGUUAGUGUUUCAUGUUAAAUGGCAUCUGAGAAAAUUGUAUGUAAACUGCAAAAUCUCAUAGAACCCCAGAAAACAGGACUAUCUAAUUUUAAGUUUGUUCAUUAUUUUUUUCAGUUUUAAGUUUGAUCAUUAUUUUUUUCAGCACCAAGAUAAGCGGAUGUGUAAAAGAGACCUUACAAUGAGUCUUUUACAGAUAAGCCUUGUUAGGAAGAGCUUUUUUUUUUUCUACCUGUUUUUGGCCAGAUUUUGUGUAUGUGUGUAUAACAUACAUGGAACAUUGCCCAUAUUUAAUUGUUUGCAAACCCCUGGUUUCCUGUGUCCUGUUUAAUAUAUAACACAGCAGGGCAGUUCUGUAUUUGUGGUCGAAUACAUCACAGGUCUAUACCAUGCUAUCUUCAUGGAGUGGCACAUUGAAACAUUCCAGGUCAUUUUUCUUAUUAACCCAAAAAUGUUGGACCCAAAUGCCCUCUGUCAUCCGCAGUAAGAAUUGCACCAGCAGAAGCCAUUUCAGGUGACCUGAAAAAUAUGGGCAUUUUAGCCCUUCAUGAGCUAUAAAAAUGUGAUGUUCAAAGCACCCAAAUGCAAACUAUGUGCCCUUGCCCCUAUACAGGGAUGGCAUUAUCUCUUUAUUUUAUAACAUACAACUCGUUUGCAUUCAUGUACUGCUGAUUUGUCUUAUAAGCACAGUCACUGAUAAAGACCACUAAAUAUUUUCUACUAAUUUA